AUGGGUCCUGAACAGCAAACAUCAACCGAAGACCGGCCUUGCAUUAUGCUACUCUCGAUUGAAACCGAAGCAUUCUUCGACGAGCAGUAUAACCGUUUGCUCAAUGCUCUCUCUGAUCGAGCUCGCGUUGUGCGCGCGCGGACAACACAAAGCGCUCUAAACUUCCUCGAGAACAAUAUACCCAGCGCCAUCUUCGUUACUGAUGCCGGCCUUAUACGACGCAAGACGACAGGCAUCUUACCAAAGCUCACAGAAUAUGUAUCUAACGGAGGAAGGAUAAUUUUUGGUGGGCAUUUCAGCUCCUUUGCUCCUCCGUUGAAAAUUCAUCCCCUUUUCCGCAAGAACUUUGGCCUGCCGUGGGAGAGUGCGUCCUAUCAUCGAACAGAUUUUCAUCUGAACCCUGUGGCCGCGGAGAACCUUGGCUCGUCUCAGCAGCUAGCGAGUUGCUAUAGCCAGAAAGCCCUUCAUUUGAAAAAUGUUGGCCAUGCUGCCGCGAUAUAUCUUCCGGGACGUGAGAGUAGGAUUCAAAGUUUGGUAUUCUCACCGGAAAGAAUUACGAAUCUUGAAGAAACCCCGACUGCCUGGGCUAAAGUUGGGCAGGGCUGGGUUGGAUAUAUAGGAGAUGUGAACGCCGAAGAGGAUACCGAUACUGUUGUUUUAAUAUCGUCGCCUCUGUCUCUUGUACGCAUGAAACUUCUCAAUUGCUAUUACACCGCAUGA